UUCUACAUUAGUUCAUGUCUCUCUCUGACCUCGUCCAUGUAGAGGUCAGAGGUCACCUCAGAACGUCGACCUACAAACACACUUCCUGUUCAGGAGGAGGUGUUGGUGCUGCCUCAUACAAACACUGAUACAGAUACAGAGCUGUUCCCAUAAUCCUCGGUGUCAGUGUGAGCUCACGUCUCUAAGCCUCUUACAGUAAUACACCUGCUGCUGAGCCCACACUGCCGCUCCAACAGGACGCCUCCACGCCCCAGGACAGGACGGAGACACUCUGAGGAGACCGUCAAGAGGAGACCGUCAAGAGGAGACCGUCCUGAAGAGACAGUCCUGAGAAGACCAUCCAGAGGAGACCGUCCUAAGAGACCGUCCAGAGGAGACCAUCCAGAGGAGACCAUCCAGAGGAGACCGUCCUAAGAGACCGUCCAGAGGAGACCGUCCAGAGGAGACCAUCCAGAGGAGACCGUCCUAAGAGACCGUCCAGAGGAGACCGUCCUAAGAGACCGUCCAGAGGAGACCGUCCUAAGAGACCGUCCAGAGGAGACCAUCCAGAGGAGACCAUCCAGAGGAGACCGUCCUAAGAGACCGUCCAGAGGAGACCAUCCAGAGGAGACCAUCCAGAGGAGACCGUCCUAAGAGACCGUCCAGAGGAGACCAUCCAGAGGAGACCAUCCAGAGGAGACCGUCCUAAGAGACCGUCCAGAGGAGACCAUCCAGAGGAGACCAUCCAGAGGAGACCGUCCUAAGAGACUGUCCAGUGGAGACUGUCCAGAGGAGACCAUCCAGAGGAGACCAUCCAGAGGAAAACAGUCCAGAGGAGACCGUCCUAAGAGACUGUCCAGAGGAAAACAGUCCAGAGGAGCUUCAGACAUGCUGGGCGGAGAUCUGGUGGCGGUGUGGGACGUGGCGCUGAGCGAUGGUGUUUAUAGGAUCGAAUUCGCUCAUGGCACCACCACGGGGAAACGCAUCGUGUACGUCAACGGACAGGAAGUCAUCAGGAAGGACUGGCUGUUUAAGCUGGUGGGGAAGGAAACCUUCACAGUGGGGAGCUCCAACACCAAAGCCACCAUAAACAUCGAGGCGGUCAGCGGCUUCGCCUACGAGUACACGCUGGAGGUCGACGGCAAGAGUCUGCAGAAGUUCAUCGACAACAGAGCCAAGACGUCCAAGACCUGGCUGCUCAAGGUGGACGGAGACGACUGCCGAGUCGUCCUGGAAAAGGACACGAUGGACGUUUGGUGCAACGGACAGAAAAUGGACACAAUGGGAGAGUUCGUGGACGACGGCACAGAGACGCACUUCAUGUUGGGGGAACACGAGUGCUGCAUCAAGGCGGCGAGCGGUGGGAAGAAGAAGAGCGGCAUUGUGCACUAUUUACUGCUGGACGGAGAGAAAAUACCAGCGACGACACAAUGAGGCUGAAGGAACGCUGCUCAGUUUCAAAGAGACUCUGUCAACGAGGUAUUUGUACCCAAACUACAAACACCACCAGGCAGUACUACAAAUACCACCAUGCAGUGCUACGACGCGCCGCUGGAACAGGAAAUGUUUGCUUUUUCAUUUCAUUAUUUGUUCGACAAAUUAAGAAUAUAUGUUCAUGUUAAUGUAGUGAAUAAACUCUGACAUGUAAUGCUCUGUUUGGUGUUUUAUUUUAUUUCAUUUAUUUAUUUUAAUCAAGAUGUCUGUUGGUGCUUUGUAGCUUUAUUUUGAAGGAGCCCGUAAUUAAGGUUAAAUCUAUGAGUUAAAAUCUGGACUCAGAUUCUUCUCAUGAGUUAUUUUUGCGCACAAUCCACGCAGUGAGUAUCUGCGUGAACGCCGCUGCGUCAAGCGCGCGGGGGUUAGCGAGAAA